CCGGAAAAUACCGUGAGACGUUUAGUGCAGGACUACUCAGAUAAGCCUUCCUUCACAAUCUAUCCCUGCUGGAAUAGUGAAACUUUGCAGAAAGGCAUCUAGAAUCGGGACUGUAGCCGCACACUGAAGUUCAAGAACUUCACCUGAAUCAUGGGGAACAUUUUCGGGAAUUUACUGAAGAGCCUCAUAGGGAAGAAGGAGAUGAGGAUCUUGAUGGUGGGGCUCGAUGCUGCAGGAAAAACAACGAUCCUCUACAAGCUCAAACUGGGGGAAAUAGUCACCACAAUCCCAACCAUUGGGUUCAAUGUGGAGACGGUGGAGUAUAAGAACAUCAGCUUCACUGUGUGGGAUGUGGGUGGGCAGGACAAGAUCCGCCCCCUCUGGAGACACUACUUUCAAAACACACAGGGUCUAAUCUUUGUGGUGGACAGUAAUGACAGAGAGCGUGUGAACGAAGCUCGAGAAGAGCUGAUGAGGAUGCUGGCUGAGGAUGAACUGAGAGAUGCAGUCCUGCUUGUGUUUGCCAAUAAACAGGACUUACCCAACGCCAUGAAUGCUGCCGAGAUCACAGACAAGUUGGGCUUACACUCCCUGCGUCACCGCAACUGGUACAUCCAGGCCACCUGCGCCACCAGCGGCGACGGCCUCUAUGAGGGUCUUGAUUGGCUGGCCAAUCAACUGAAGAACAAGAAAUAAGAAGACAAGUGGAAAAAGCAGCCAGCAGCCACACCCGUCCAGCUUUUUAUUUGUUUUGGGAAAUGUGGGCGCCAGUUAGGAACAGGGGUUUUGAUUGAUUGGUGAAAGGCAAGAUUCUGGGUUUUAUUUUCAGUCUGUUGAGGUUCCCAAUAGUUUUAAGCGCUUGAUGAAAACAGGUUGUCACAUAUUUCAUAUUAAAUCACUCUCACACACACACACUCACACACAAGAAUGCACACUAACCAUAAGCAAUCACAGCAGACACUUGCUUUUCCUGUGUCCACCUCUUGUCCUUAGGUGCAAUGUACUGUAUGUUAGUCUCUAGGUGCUGUACCCAGUCAUGUGUGACCCCUCUGAGUCAGAUGUGACUUUUUGUCGAUGCCGUCUCUCAACCGUCACUCGUCCAUGUGAAGAACUGUUCUGUGUCAGUUGCACUUCCUGUUUGUUUGUUUUUCCUUUCCUGCAGGGGUAACAGAGCCAUGAUUGAGAACAAUCACAGCCUAAUAGUUCACUUUAACGGUUUGUCCUCCCUUUUAAUUUGCGAGCAAUGCUGAGGCACUUUGACACUCACAUAAUGUGUGUACAUGCGUGCGAGCGGGCAUGCAUGCUGCAGAAAAAGACGACAGGAUCGGACCUCCCUCUUUCAGACGUCCUCUCACUGCCUCAUUUUGGAAAUCUUUUGAUAUCUGUGGCAUGUUUCUACUGCCUGUGUGGCAACCCGGAGUGUCACAGCUGCCCUUUUUGAAUAUUUUAAAACGCUCGACACGUCCUCGACUGCCUGAACUGCAUGCAUCCUGGUAGACCUUGCUGACAGUGUUACAUACUUCUCCAUCCUCGGAGCUGCAUGGAUGUUGACGCUGUUUGUACAUUUCUCUCUCACUGCCCUCAUCGUGUUCUGGUGCUGUUUACAGUAGGAAAAUACCCAAACCACCAGUUUUUGCGCGUGGUUCUCAACAUGCGCUAAAUACAGCAUAGUCAGCUUUAUGGUCUUUUGAUGUGUAAGCAGUAUAUAGAUUAACUGUCCUGCACAUAAACACAACACACAUGACCUGUGCAGCUGCUGCUUGUCUGCCUUCAUGUGUGUCCGUAUGAGUACUCAAACUGUGUCAGGUUGCUCUCGCUUUGUGCGUUUUUGUCCCAGACUUGCAUAUCGGGGAAUGAUUCUGUUGCUGAUAAGUCUGUGUUACCGAAUGUGAAUAACGUUGAUGAACCUAUAUAUGGCUGUAAUGAUAUUUAUUUGACAUGCAUAUUCCUUUAUUUCAGUGACGCGUCGGCAUAAUCACGUGAAAGGAAGCAGGGUAAGCAGUUCAGUUCAUUCAGUACCGCGUCACCACUGAUACCAGCAGAAUCCACAGACUUGUGUCAGUAAAACUUUGUGCCAUACAUGGGUACUAAUCCUCAAAUACACAUGACAGUACAACAUGCUGUAAAUCCACACCACAGAGUUAUGAGUGCAUUGUUCAUAUUCCACAUCUAUGGUAUGUUAAAUCGUGAGUUUGAUCAUUUGGGUUUUUUGUGGCCUUACAUUUAGUGAUGACUUCAAAUUGAUUCCUUCCUAACUCCUUAGUUUCUGAUUUUACGUCACAUAUAUUUAUCUAGAAAGAAUCGUUUAACAGAUUUAUUUGUCUAUGCCCUCAAAAGGCGGGUUUUUGCACCAGAGUUCAGGAUGAUUAGGCAAAGGUUUUGUCCUUUUGUUUUGCCAGUAUACUUGAUUCAUAUUAGGUGGUAGAUUUCUUUGGUUUUCUUUGGGGUGUAAAGAAACUUUGAUGUAGACUGUGUCUGUGAAACAAUAAUAAUCUGUGCGAAAAAAAAAGAAAAAUACUUCUGAUGAUUCAUUCUGUACCGUUAUAGUUACACAAGUAGAUUUAAAAACGGUGAAGACCAUGUUUUAAUGCUUGAAUGCAAGGAGACAUCUGUAUGUGAUGUAAGACAACAAACUAAAU